AUGCGGUCCGACGAUAUCGAUAUCGAAGAACAACGGAUUCCACACAAUAUCCCAGGUCCUCCACAGCUGCCGCCGUUAAUUAAAGGCCAGAAACUAAAAAGUGGACCUUAUACUAUCACUGUGACAGAUGAAAUGGUGGCACAGAGGGAAAGGGAAAAUUUAGAACUGUACAAAGCCUGGGUACGAGAACAGCGCAGAAGGAACAUGUUACCACAAGACGAGGCCGACGAAUUUAUAGGCGACUUCAAGGACAUCAUUAUCAGGAGAAGUUUUGUCCGCAAGGUUUUCUGCCUCCUCACAUUGCAGCUGAUAUUCACUGUCUUCGUCAUAUCUCUCUUUUUGUUCUGGGAUGAAGCACAGAAGUUUAUGAUCGUGUAUUGGUUUCUGUGGAUCGUUGCCUUUGCGGUCUUCAUCAUCUCAUACUGUACUGUAUCCUGCUCGGUGUACGCCAGACGAACGCCUCCAUUCAAUUACAUCUGCCUGAUCCUAUUGACAAUGGCAAUGUCAUACAUAGCCGCCUUCGUCUCUGUGUUUUAUACCAUCGAGGUGAUUCUCAUCGUUUUGGGCAUGACUGCCGUCGUUACAAUGAUCAUAGCUCUUGUAGCAACAUUCUCCACGUUUGAUUUGACAAUGAGACCAGGCUUACUGAUGAUAGUUGGGCUGGUUGCGAUCGUAUCUAUUUUUACGGUGUUAAUAAUCCUAUUGUUCACUCAUAUAAUAGUUCUACGCCUGGUAAUAGCUAUCAUUGGAACGCUCCUGCUCUGCAUGUAUUUGUACUUCGACGUACAGACAAUUAUGGGUGGACGCAGAAUAGAAUUGACUCCCGACGAAGUGAUCUUCGCAACUACACAGAUUUACGUUGACAUCGUACUGUUGUACCAGUACUUGCUAAUGUUUAUGGGAUUCUUUCACCGAUGA